CGCAAAUACUCCCAGCUAUGACGCGAGUAGAACAAAUGAAUUAAUUUAAACUUUCCAAAUAGAAAUUGGCUUUCGUCAAUGAACCUAAAAAUAUCCCCGCUUCCCUUUGGGAACUUGGCAAUUAAAUAUCUAACUAUUAAACGCGACAUUGCGUGGGAAAAUCCAAGUGGUUAAAUUAUGGAUGUACUGCUGACUACAGUGCCACUACUUGAUGUCGAUGCUAGUUGUGUGAAUAUAAGAUCACAUCCAACAGCCUCAGUCAGUAAGAUAUCUUGUGUUGACAAACAAACACGAUGGAUAGUUUCAACCACGAGAGGUGUACCGGCAGUUUGUUGCCCGACAAGAGAGUUCAAUGGGCGGUCAACUUAGAAGAAGUUCGCUAUUUUGUGCCUCCAAAUCGCCUGCGAAAGAGUUUUAAGAAGAAAAUGACUAAGAUUAGAAGAAAGGCAAGCGAAAUUACAGACAAACCGCUGCGUAUCAUAACAAGUAUGGGAGAACUGAGUGCGAACGCGGUUCAAAAUGGACUUGAAUUCAUUCUCAGACAUGGACAAAGUGGUUCAUUUGACGCAGAACGUGUCACUUACGAAGAUCUGAUCAAAGAGUGGGACAAACUGUUCGAAACAUCAGGAGUUAGUAACGACGACGAAUCAACGGAUGAUGAGAACGACGAAAAAAUUAAGUAGGACACAGACUUAUGAACAGACCAUCUAGACUCUGGUUUAUUCAGUUUUUUGAAACUUUUCUCCCCUGUCAAACCUUUUUACGGUGAAGGAGGCUCCCAAGACGCAUUCGAUAGCGGAACAAGUGAGUUAACGAUCAGUCAAAAAGAAGCUUGAUGAACAGAGUGUCUGGGAAAGAAUACAAUAAAAUCAACGAGUAAAUCGUAAAUCUCAUACGAAAAAUUACGUGAGGUCAACAAGGGAUCAUGCAAAUUUUCGCAGCAAGGAGCUUUUCUAAUAUAUAACAAAAAGAUUUUUUCGGUGAACAUUUUUAUAACAGAAAAUUACCAUGUCAGCCAUUAACCUACUCGAAAAACGCAAGCAUUUGUAUUUAAAUACCCGUCCAGUAACAAAAACAAUAUUUUAAUAUAUUCAGGAAAAAUGUUUCAUACGGUAAACGAGUUCGUAUUUUUUUACAACGUUAUUUUUGAUCAAUGUAAAUGAUUAUGUUAAUUCUUAAUAGGGGAAGCAAGUAAUACAGCAAGCGUAAUAAUCGAAAAUGAGAUCGCUUAUGUGUUCUUUCAGUGUUAAAUAAAUAGUAUGUUUCAAGCAUAAUGUGUUAUAUUAAUUUAACUUACAACAAGAUCGAUUUCACUCUCAGAUCAGAAAAUAUAAA